GGCUGGAGGCUAACAGAGGAGACUGGGCGGCCGUCUUGGAUUCCCAUAGAUGGGGAGGACAUCACUGAGCGGGCCAGGACCAGAGGCGACAUAGUGGAGGUCAGUGGAUGGGACAGUGUCUUCAACUCUGGGCUGGGGAACAACACUGUUAACUGUUGGGGUAGGUUCCUUGUCAAUCAUUGGCUUAUUGGUGAAAUCAGCAGUCAGACAAUAUCUUCUUUAAGUAAAUCAAUCAAACCUUUAUUAAUGCAAUUUCAGACAGAAGUUGACAAUGGAAACACAGCAUGUGUGUUUCAGAGUAAGUUCUGCAUCCCACCUAAGGGCGCAGCUGAUUUUAUACAUGUGAUCACUCCCUGGUGGUAUGAUCGCCUACGUCAAUGUAUGUAUACAGCAAUAUGCUGAGGUUACCUUAUAAGGUAACCUAGUACACUAGCUUCUCUGAAUUCAUUAGCAUUGUCCACUGUCACACAAGAUCAAGAUGUCAAAACCAGACAGUGGUUACUUCUCUUUAUCUAGUUUCGGUCUGACUCAGACCUAGCCUGCAAGCACACUCUUACAACAGCUAGGGCUUAACCACAAAGACUAAUAUAGAUGGCUUGUGCAACGUAUAGUGGCAGAGUUUUAGGCACAUAACAGUAUCUUAUAAGGCCUGCAGCAAAACAUAAGACUUUUAAGGUCCCCUUAAUCAAUAAUGGGGAGGGUCUUUGGGACCCUAACCCUUUCAUAACCACAAUCAGAAACAGACAGUCGAACACAAAACAACAAACAAACUUAGUCUCCAUGACAACAGACUGGCAGAGACGAGGGCAAGGUGUAGAUUUGGUCUACGGGGAGGUGUCCAUAUGCGGCGGGAGAGAACAGACACAGACUUGGCUAGCGAUGUCCCGUCCUGCUCCUAUAGUUGUGAUUCAGAGAGACUGACGCCUCAGGUUAACCCCCUACCAGGUGCUGCCUUCAGCCUGCCUUCUAUAGGAUCUAUCAACUGGAACAUGGACCCUGCAACAACACGAACACUGCCUGACACCUUUGUCCUCCUCUCCUUAUGUUAAUCCCAGACCUCAGACAAUGUCAGUCCCUCAACACUAAAUGGCUACACAAGCCCAUUGAGAAAUGACAGUAGUAGUAAUGCUAUCAGCAGAUCUAAUGGCAAAGAUAAGCGUUUCCCCAAACAGAUGGAGAUCCAUAAGAGGAUGCACACGGUGGUUGUACACUUUUGGCUGUACCCAGUGUCAGAUGCGCUUUGCCAAUGCUUGUCACCUAAAGAGGCACCAGAGGGUCCACACGGGAUAAAUCUAUUAGCUGCCCCCAGUGUGACAAAAGGUUCUUCCACCAGCAUCAUCUGAAGAUGUUACUUGAAGGUCCACACGGGAGAGAGGCCGCUCGCCUGUACGCAAUGAGUUUCUCCGAGAGGAGCUAUCUCAGGAAUGACCCGCAGAAAAUGCACAUGGCCCAUGUAUAGAGUAUUGUGACAUGUAAUGUAGUCCUAGUUAGUUAGUUUGUAGUUAAUUAUGUUGGUUUUGGAUUUAGUAGGGAACUGGAUGAGGUGAACUUAGGAAAGAAUGAGUAUGAUGAGGCAGGGUUGAUGGUUGGUGUAAUGGCGUCUGUAAAAAUGCUUCUCUGAUAAAGUGACAACCUUGUCCUGUUUGAUGCCUGUGUUUUCUAAAUGUGGAAAUGAUAGUGCCUUAAUUGUUUUCUAGUGCCUUAAUAAAUCUUCAUGUUUACUUGACAUGAAGAUGUGUGUAAUGUUGAACCUUUUCCAAAGUAUUCUCAAAUAAAUGUUAUCAAAGCGAGGGUAGCAAAUGUACAGAAAUGCAGAGGCUACGAAUAGAGUUGUCAUCCCCUCUUCCUCAAAUCUAUUGAUCCAAAUCGCAUUCUGCGCUUGUGUUAUUUAAGCAUGUUCAAGUUUCUCCAUUUACUCACCCUCUUCUGAACCCAAAAGCAAUUUGAUCAAUAUGAUGAUAUAGCAGAUGUCUCUGCCUCAUAUGUCUGAACAGCUGCGAUUUUAAUGAAAGUUCCAAAAAUAUGUAUGAAGGCUACAACCUUCUCUGUCUGGUGUAACUGAUAUUGCUGUAACAAUAGUCUCAAACAAGACGGUCUACACAUUUGGAAAAAACAAUUAGCGUUUUGUGUGAUGAUAUAAUCUUUAUAGUUAUGCUGCCAUAUAGCCAGUUUUCUGCCUCCUGUUUAGCCCAUGUUUGCAAUGACGAUGAAAAAAAACCAGACAACUGUUAGAAAAAAACAUAGUUAUGUCUCUUGUAACUGUUUUGUGUACAGUUGAAGUCAGAAGUUUACAUACACCGAGGUUAGUCAUUAAAUAUAGUUUUUCAACCACUCUACAAAUGUCUUUUUCUUUUUAUAGUUUUGGCAAAUCGGUUAGGACAUCUGCUUUGUGCAUGACACAAGUGAUUUUUCCAACAAUUGUUUACAGAAUAUUUCACUUAUAAAUUCCCUUUAUCACAAUUCCGGUGGGUCAGAAAUGUACAUACACUAAGUUGACUGUGCCUUUAAAAAGCUUGGAAAAUUCCAGAAAAUUAUGUCAUGGCUAUAGAAGCUUCUAAUAGGAAAAUUGACAUCAUUUGAGGAAAUUUGAGGUGUACCUGUGGAUGUAUUUCAAGGCCUACCUUCAGACUCAGUGCCUCUUUCCUUGACAUCAUGGGAAAAUCAAAAGAAAUCAGCCAAAAUUUGUAGACCUCCACAAGUCUGGUUCAUCCUUGGGAGCAAUUUCCAAACGCCUGAAGGUACCACGUUCAUCUGUACAAACAAUAGUACGCAAGUAUAAACACCAUGGGACCACAGAACUGUCAUACCACUCAGGAAGGAUGAACAUACUUUGGUGCGAUAAGUGCAAAUCAAUCCCAGAACAACAGCAAAGGACCCUGUGAAGAUGCUGGAGGAAACAGGUACAAAAGUAUCUAUAUCCACAGUAAAACGAGUCCUAUAUCGACAUAACCUGAAAGGCCGCUCAGCAAGGAAGAAGCCACUGUUUCAAAACCACCAUAAAAAAAGAGACUCCACCACCACACAGAACACAACCAGUGGACAAGUGGACUGAACAACCUCAGUCCUGGUGGUCAUCAGAGAGACAGAGGCUCCAGUCAGGGAUCCAUUCUGCAGCCCACCCUUCUCUCCACAGUCUCAGUGCAGGGAUGGAGCAGGACCUGGGGCUGAUAGGGAUAGACCCUCCUGUUCCUAUGAUAAAAACACCACAUUAUCAAUAAUUAACAGAACAGGUCACCCUGGGCUUCAGCCUUCACAGAGAGUAGUGGGAGACCCCUCUGGUGGGAGUCUAUCAGGAGGUCUGUCUUCUCCUUCAGGGUCUCAUCUUUAAUAUAAAUCCUUUCUGUUCAGUGUAAACACAAGUGGUCCGAGUAUGGAUAGCCAUGAGGUGAGGAACAUAGCAGAAACUGAUAUUUUGUUUGAAACUGCUGGCGAGUGAAGAUGACAGUGAGAAUGAGUGGGUUUCAGUGGUGAAAAGGAAACAACAGAAGUAAAGUUGUUGUGGAAACCCUUAGACUCGUCUUUAGUCUGAGUGAGUGUUUUGGAAAUCCUUUUGAAGUCUCGAUAGAUGUCAUGGAAUGUGUUGGGUGAAGUGGCGUCAGAGUCACAAGAAGUGGGUUUAUUUAGAUUUUUUUGUGUGUCUGCGAAGUACAAGAGGUGUGCAUUGUGUCUCAAGAAGAUAUGAGUGGAAUGUUUUGUGUAUGGAUCUUCAAAGCAGAGCGCCUAUCAACAGGAUUAUAUCUGGGAUGGCGCAUAAAGUGUGUACAGAUUUAAUACCUGAGGAAGUAGGUAGUUAUUGGAGCAGGUUGACUGACCCGUAUGGUCGAUUUAAUGAAGAAAUACACUUAAUCCACAAUCUCUCCCUCAUGUAAAGUUGGGCUAUGUGAGAUACCAAAUAUUUAGCAUGUAGGCUCUUAAAGGGUAAGGUUUCAAGUGUUUGCAGACAGGAAGAGUAUCGAAUGCUAGUGGAGGUUAGAUGCUGCAAUUGAGGUGGCAAACAUGCCCCCGGAUUGCCCUGUUAGAUUGAAUUGGACUGAAUUGCCCUGUUAGAUAGAAUUGGACUGUCCAGCAUGUGUCCCACCUGGAGGUGGUGAGAAGAGUUGAAGGAACGAAUAGAGCUGUAGAUGCAAUGGUAGUAGAGCCUGCAUCAGUGAAUGUGUGUGUAAAAAUGUGUGCUUUGUAGCAUUUAUUGCAAUGGUCAUCAACUGCACAGCACAAACAGAGAAGAAAUCAGACUAAAUUGGCAUCAUUUUAAGUGCAGCUGAACGUUUUUUGGGGGACUCAGUGAUUUGACAGAAGAGGCAGUACAAGUAACCCUAUCAACGAAGAUACUGCCCUAACAGACUCCUGAGCCUGUGUCGGGAUGUGAUUUAAAUUGGAAUGUGACUGAAGGAGGGGGAGUUUUAUUUUUUACUUUGUAUAAUGUCGGUUUCAACCCGUAGUUUACCACCCAUACAGUAGGUGGCGGCAUGCACCUCUAACAGUUGUUUGCGAACCGUCAUAUCAAAGAAGUUAACGGAAGUGACCAGUUACCAAGAACAAUUUCCUCUUUUGAAUUUGUAUGGGUUAUUGAGAUGUUUAUUAACAUCAUUGAAUUCACAAUAUGACUCAUUUAACUAGACAGUAUCACAUACUAACCUCAGGUAGUCUUUAAUUCGCGUUGGAGACGGGACUUGGUUGAUUUAUGUUAUCUAGGUAAUGCUUGCUAGCUGCUAACAAUAAUGGCUAACAUUAAUUGUAUGGUUUUUCACACUCAAAUAGCCUCCGUCAUGGAGGUGCUAGCGAAUGCAGCUGUGGCAGAGAUCUGUAAACUCGUAGACGACGACUAUGCAGUGUUUCGUUUGGAAAUAACUCAAAGCCAGAAAGAAAACAGGGGAUUGCGGAGGAAACUACAGCUACUGGAACUGAAGGUGGCACGGGAGCGCGCAGAGAGGACAAUACGAGAGCGUGUCCUCGCCAGUCGUCCCAGUAGUGUCAAAGUCGUCGACCGAUACAGAAUAGCAAGAGGUGAAGGACAUCUCACUGAAGGCUACAGAAGCAUUGUGAAGCCAGCGGGACAUAAUACAUGGAGAGAUGACCAACCAAUCACUGUUGAUGAGGGGAGUGGAACCUCAACCCAGCACGUUAUUGUGAUAGAGUCUGCAGACGCAGAGGAUGCAGGUCCUGGGGUCAAGCAGGAGAGGACUGGGGGAGAGGAGGACCCACGACACAGCAGAGACAUCCAGACUGGAGCAGCGUCUGGAGUGGCGCCCCCUGUAGCCACAGAGGACCUGUCCACCGUCAUGGCGCCCCAGGCCAAGACACGGCACAGCACCACGGAGGAGGAGGAGGGUCCAGAGGUGCUGCUGGUGAAGGAGGAGGGGUGUGAGGAGGGUCUGGGAAACCCUGAGGGGACCAUGGUCAUGGAGGACAACCAGACUACACCUCCUCCUGAACCGGCAGACGAACCAGCUGAGCAGCACAGGACCACACACAGCCUCACUGAGUCAGUAGACAUGGAGGAUGGGAAGACUGAUCUGCUACUAGUCAAAGAGGAGACUAUAGAAGACGGACCAGAGAGCAUUGACCUGCUGAGUGGACUAAAGAUGGGGGAGCAAGAUGGUUGGCUGGAGGCUAACAGAAGAGACUGGGCGGCCAUCUUGGAAUCCCAGACCCAGAUGGGUGCAGCCAAGGGCCCGGGGGACAACGUCACUGAGCAGGCCAGGACCAGAGGAGAAAUAGUGGAGUCUGCAGUCCAUGAGGACCUGCUGAUAUCCGGUGUUGCUGGCGGGAGAGACUGGACCUCUGAAGUGGCUGGUCACAAACCCUGGCCCCGGAUCAGAAACCUGGAUCAGGAGCAGUCACUCUUCCUUCGCGAGUCAGAACCAGGACCGAACCACCACCACACAGAACAAAACCAGUGGGCAGGUGGAAGUCCUAUUGGUCAUCAAAAAGACAGAGGACUCAAACAGGGAUCCAGUCUGCAGCCCAGACCCUUCUCCUCACAGUCUCAGUGCAGGGAUGGAGCAGGACCUGGGGCUGAUAGAGAUAGACCCUCCUGUUCUCAUGAUACAAACACCACAGUAUCCAUGAUGAACAGAGUAGGUCACCCUGGGCUUCAGCCUUCACAGAGAGUGGUGGGAGACCCCCCUGGUAGGAGUCUAACAGGAAGUCUGUCUUCUCCAGGAUCUUGUCUAAUGCCUGGUGAAUGGGUUCAUAGAGGGCAUGGACCUCGGCCUAGCCUUCCUCAGCUGCCUCAUGGGUACCCUAUGAAUACAGACAGUGUCAGGAUGGCCGUUAACAACGAGAGUUACCUAGCCUAUAACACAGCACCCAAUCCCAACAACACCCAAACAAUGGCUUCAGGUCAAGGAGGGAGCUCAAAGACUUCUGCUUCUACCUCCUCUGGUGUCAUUGGGUCACAACGUGGGAGGCCGAGCGUUAGGACAGACGCGGACAAGCCGUAUGCCUGCCCCACGUGUGGGAAGCGCUUCGCUAGGGCACACUAUUUGAGGGAGCACCAGACCGUUCACACCAAGGAGAAGCCCUUCAAGUGUAAACUAUGCUACAAGAGCUUCUCCUUCUUGAGUAACCUUACCAGACAUCGGAGUGUCCACAACCGGGAGAAAUCGUAGCACUGUGGCUUGAGAUGUAUGUCUGGGAUAGUUAUCAUGUUAAGUGUCUUGGGUUAAGAGGGUAAUUGAACCACAUACCCUUCAUUAACCCUUUAACUUGUCAUUUGAAACAGGCUUGUGUAAACUGUUUUCAGAGGGAGUAAACCUAGGCUAGAGCAAGGAAAGUUUAAUAUUUACCUUACUGAGGUGAUUGAUGGAAUAAAGUCCUAUUAUUUUACUCUUUUUGCUAACAUUCUUUCUAAAUAAGUCUGCUCUCAGCUUAAAAGAUACUGAUCAUAGGAGAUAUGUGUAAUGUAAUAAGCAGUACCUUAUUUCAAAUAACAGUGCACAUACACCUUUUUCAUUUAACCACACCCUUUGGUGACUUUAACAGUAGUAUGGCCUGGAGAUAGAAGCUGGUUCUCAGUCUCUCAGUCCCAGCUUUGAUGCGCCUGUACUGUCAGCCUCAUGAGGUUGAAGAAGUGCAACACCACACGGUAUAUUUCAGAUUGUCAGUGAUCUGUAUGCCGAAGAACAGUUUUUUUUAUGGGUCUAAUGUGUUUUUGUAUGGAUGUCUUUUUUUCUCCCUCUUUCCAAAAUGUUUAAGUUUUUUCUAGGAUUUACCACCAUGUACAGUAGGUGGCGGUAUGCACCUCUAAAGAUUGUUUUCAAACUGCCGUAAUAUCGCUAGAAAAAGUGAGGUGUCCGGGAAAAUUUUCCACGUUAAGCGUUUUUAAAUAUUAUUUAGACGUUUAUUAACACCAUUUAACUGCACAGCAUCACAUACU